CUUUCAUUCUUUCAUUCAGUUAACCUUUCUCUCUCUUCUUUCUUUCUCUUCAUCAUGUCUUCCACCGGCGACAACCCCACCGUCCCCACCGCCACCAACUCCGACGACCUCCGUCGUUACUUCUGCCACCAGUGCGAACGCACCUCCCUCAUCUCCACCACCUCCACCGAUCUCAUCUGCCCCAAUUGCAACUCCUCUUUCAUCGAAGAACUUGAAUCCCCAAUUCCUAACCCUAACCCUAAUCCUCUCCCUCCGUUCUUCUCCCACACCACCGAAUUCCCUGCCGGAGGUUUCUCCUUUCCAAUGCUUUUCUCCGGUAACGGUGCUCCCACCGCCACAGCUACCGGCGCUGGUGCUGGUGCUGGUUCUCUACCACCGUUCAAUGAUCUCCCUGCUUUUUUUCAAACAUCGCCGUCGAUGUCACCGCCAUCGCCUUCGCCUUUCGGAGAAGCUUUUAACCCGAUGGCGUUUAUUCAAAAUUAUCUCCGUAACAUGAAUGCUGGUGGAGGAGGAGGAGGAGGAAUUCAGUUCGUGAUCAACGACGGCGAUGAGCCAGGUCGGUUUCGGUUUCCUGGGUUUCCCGGUAACGCGAAUCUAGGUGAUUACUUCUUUGGUCCAGGGCUUGAGGAUCUGAUUCAGCAAUUGGCGGAGAAUGAUCCGAAUCGGAGGGGGACGCCGCCUGCGUCAAAGUCUGCUGUUGAGAAGCUGCCGGUGAUUGAGGUGACGGGGGAGUUGCUGGAAUCGGAUUCGUCGCAGUGUGCUGUGUGUAAAGACACAUUUGCCCUUGGUGAAAAGGCGAAGCAGAUGCCGUGUAAGCACAUAUAUCAUGAUGAUUGUAUCUUGCCGUGGUUGGAAUUGCAUAAUUCUUGUCCUGUUUGUCGUUUUGAGUUGCCUACAGAUGAUCCUGAUUAUGAGCAGCGGGCUCGUGGCGGUGGUGGCGGUGGAGGAGGAGCUGGUAAUGGUGGUGGUUCUGGUGGUGGUGGAGAUGAUUCAGUGAGGACAAGGUUUAGGGUUUCUUUGCCGUUGUUCCGGCAUGUACCUUCGUCUUCUGGUGCUGCUGCAGGGACAAGUAAUGUUGAGGGUGUGAAUAACAAUGAUAGCAGUAGUGGACAACCCAAUGCUGAGAAUAGGGGGAAUCAGAAUUUUGAGUCAGAGACUAGACAAGAAGAUCUUGAUUGAGAAUCAAAUCAUGUUUCAUAUGAGGAAUGCAGUGAGUGGUUUCAAUCCAUCUUGUAACAGCUUGGUCUAUGUAAGUAGAAGAGGUAAUCCCAUUAGUUGACCGUGUACCCGAUUGCUUUCUAUCAUGUAUGAUCUUGUUGUAUUGAAUGGUUUUGGUUGGGACAAGCAUAGUGCAACAAUUCACUAGAUUUUGCAUUUUAUUUUGUAUGAUUUCAUUGUAUAGUAUAAUUUUGAUUGAGACAAAUAUAGUAAGUGCAAUAAUACACAUUUUAUAAUUAGGGCUUUCCUUAAAUUCAAAUGUUAUUUGAGGUCUAAGAGAGCAUUUGUUUAUUUUAUCAUGUCCCUGAUCAGUACUCUUAAAUACAUAUUUACUUUAAAAAUCAUUUGUUUGUGAAUUGAA